CCGAUGUGGGCGUGGUGGCAGCUUCCUGUUUUGAAGGCAAGCGACUAACGUGAGUAUCAGAGGACUGAUUCGCGAGUGCUGUGACGAGCGGAGGAGCCAUGCCUUUCCUCCAUGGGUUUCGAAGGAUCAUCUACGAGUAUCAGCCGCUGGUAGAUGCUGUGAUGUGUGUUGUUGGACUGCAGGGAGGAGAUGGUAGCAGCCAGGAGGAAAGAGUCAGAAGCCCCGAGGAUGAGUCCAGUCUGUGUAGUCCUCUAGUGGAGCUUCUGGAGCGAGAGUCCCAGUCAGAGGUGUUUGUAGAAGGUAUCAGCUAUGCUCUGUUUAAAGUGGCGGAAAGGGGACUUGUGUAUGCAGCUAAAAUCCUUAUACGCUAUGGAGCUUAUCUAAACUUUGAAGACCCAGUGUCAUACUACAAUCCACUACAUAUAGCAGUUUUGCGGAACAGGCCAAAUAUGGUGAGGCUGCUGGUCGGGCACGGAGCUGACAUUGAAAAGAGGGACAGGAUCCAUGAGAGCAGUCCCUUGGAUCUUGCCAGCGAGGAGUCAGAGAGACUGCCCUGCCUGCUCACCCUGCUGGACCUCGGUGCUGAUGUCAAUGCAAGGGAUAAACAUGGGAAAACUCCUCUGCUCCAUGCUUUGGCAAGCAGCGAUGGACUGACUGUGCACAACACAGAGAACAUCCAGCUUCUUCUUCAGAGAGGUGCUGACGUGAAUGCUGCAACUGUAGACGGUGAAACAGUUGAGUCCUCACUGGUGUUUCUGGUGAAGGAGGCCCUCGAGGCCAACAUGGAGGACGCUGCUGCGAUUGGUAACUUCUGCCUGAAAACCACACAGCUCCUGCUGGCUCACGGCGUGGACCCCAGCUGCUGUCUGAGUGAGGAUGGCGAGCCCUCUCUGACACAGACAAGCCUGGAGUACUUUGACCGUCUCUUUCCUCUGGCUGUGCUCUUAAUGCAGAGCGGAGCCUCUUUGGUGUGCUCCUAUCACGGCGGCUCCUGUUGGUCAGGUUACAGCCUCCUUUUCCAGCGGCUCCAAACAGCCCUGGAGCAGUGCUCUGAUCAGAGUCACGCCUCUGAGCUCCUGGAGCAAGCUGAGGUGUUGCUCGACUUAGCGAGGGUAAACAUGCCCGCGCUACAUCUGCCUCUCAGGCUAGAGCUCCCUGUGCCUGGUCAGGACCCUCACCCAUAUGCUCAGGCUCUGGUUGACCUGCACAGCCAGGUAGUAGAGCAUGAAGCGAGCCCUCCUGCUCUGCGAUGCCUUUGCAGGGCAUUUAUAAGGAGCCACCUACAGCCCUGGCCACUGGAAGACAGAGUCAAAGCCCUGCCGUUACCAGACAGACUGAAAGACUUUCUUGUCCCUGAGCACACAUAUACCCCAAAACCUGGCUGGGACUGCUUCAAGCCCCAACAGAGCCAACGCUGACGAUGUAAGCUACUGCCUACUUUUUGUUCUACCUAAAAAAUCUGUAAUGAAAGACUGAACAGGCCUGAAGUCAUUUGAAUAACAUGUCUGGACAUUUGUCCAAAAAUGAAGCUAAACCUAACAAACCAUUGAGGCCUUUGUUGAAUUCUCAUUGUGUAUCGUCUGUGCCAAAUUUACAGACAAACGUGUGUAUGUUUACUUCAACAUACAAAGAUCUGUAUGUACAAAUAAGCGUUUUGAAUUGUAAGUUGUCAAUGUUAUUAAACCCCGCAGUACAGCUGAGUGAAGCAAGUUCACGUGUAAAGGAUGUUGCAGUACAAAAUAAAAGCCACCGGAUGGCACUGUUGCUCCUGCAUAUCAAAAGUAGCUCAGAUGCCAGGGUCAAAGAUUCAGUUAUUCUCAGUGCAGCCUAUUAAAGUUGUUCUAGCGCAGUGAGGUCCAUCUAUAUUUUAUCUCCUCGACAUGAUGGUGUGGCAUUGUGGAAUUUGUGUAUCUUCUGGCUUAUCAAGAAUGUGGACCAAUAAAACACAUCACAUGUUCCA